AUCUAUAAAAAAAUUUCAAGAAACGCGUAUCGAUCGUGGUUCGAAACUCGCUCGAUCCGUGUACGUGCCGUUAAUAUCGUGAAGCGAAUCGAAAGAGAAAGUAACAGUGUGUCGUAAGACUGUAAGGCAAGUUUAAAGCGAAAGAAAACGAAAUCUUUUAGUUAACGAUCAACUACGAACCACAGAACACAUUCCUUGCUGGAUCUUCGUUUACAAUACUGCGUUUCUCUUCAGGUUCAUGAUAGAGCUAGGAACAAUCUAGUCGUGAGUACGUUCUUGUGACGAAUAAUCGAGACUUUCAUUUAAAAACUUGAAAAUUAUCAUUACUGUUUUUGCAGAAUGAUGAUGAGCGCGCUGGGAGUGAAAAAUGUUCUGAACAUUUAUAUUCUGAUCAUCGUGUGCUGCUUCGAUCUCUCCAACAGUCGACCUACGGAACAACCCACGAAAAUCUCAUUGAACACUGGUGAUGGUUUGAAGACCAUCGAUUCGCAGUUGGCAUCAACAUUGGAACGGGUGCAAGAGUUUUUAGGCCAUUUCGUGGACGCGAUAAGAAUCGCUACAGGAAGAUUCGUCAAUUCUAUCACGUUGGCCAGAAACAUCAUAGCCGAUCGGGCGGAGGCUAUCACCAGCGAAUCUCAGAACAAGGUAGAAAAGACAGAGCCCUCGAAACCUCAACAGAGAAGCAUAGAAUUGGUCAAUCAACCUCCAGUGAUAAAUACCCGACCCGAUGCCCGAGAAACGGUGCGAUUAGAGAACGAAAGUGCCCAAAGUUUCUUUGAAAGACCGCUUUCUAAACCUGCGGCAGGGAUUUUGGAGUCCUUCUUGCAGCCAACGCCAAUCGUCGAUGGACUUAAGGAGCAAGAGAAAUAUGGCAAUACUGGAGAUAAGUUCAUAGGGAUUGGUAGAGCUUUGGUCAGCAGUUUCGAAGGAUUCAGUAAUUUCUUGAACGCUGUUGUAGAUUUUCCACGUAAUGCUGCCAAGAAGACCUCCCGUGGCCUCACCGAGGCGUUGAAUCACGUCGGAGCAAAACUGGUCGGUCUUGAAUGACGUAUGUAUGUAAAUAUCAUACUGUAAAGAAUCAUUUUGUUCGAUGUUAUCUACGCCUGUUGUUCACUAUUUUAGU